AUGUUUGUGGGGCUGCUGGAGCUGGCUUGUCCUAGACGGCCAGUGAUUUUGCAUCUCCGGGGGCAGGACAGAUACUCAAGUGAGGUGCUUGGGUGGUCGACGGCUUUCCCUCGGUGCUACUUCAGCAUCGCUGGAUCAGUUGCCCAGUUCGAUGAGAUACAGCGGGCAGCUGUGCGAAGGAUCCCUCUGAAUCGUCAGUUAGUAGAAACUGAUUCGCCAUACCUGCGGGUACAGCUAAAGUGGCAUAACACUCCAGCUUAUGUUGGAGAAGUUGCCCGGACGGUUGCACAGAUCCGACAGACGACACUUGACGAAAUUCUCCAGGCCUCGCUGGAGAAUGGAAGGUUGCUCUAUAACCUGUAA